UCACCAAACUUUCCGCCGCCCCGGCCAUCGCCGCCGCCGCCCCCGGCACAUGGCACCGCCAGCCCGGCGCUGAGCCCCGCCAGCACCCCCGGCCGGGGCACGCCGCCGCAGGGAGCGGGGACAGCGCGGCCACCGCAGGGAGCGGGAACAGCGCGGCCGCCACCGCGCCAGCGCCGCUGUCACCGCCACCCAUCGCGGGGCUCUCGGGAGGACGGGGCAGAGCGGCGAGGGGCGGCCGGAGGCGGCGGAGCCGGUGCCCAUGUGCCCGCCGUCGCGGCGGGGCGAUGAAGCCGCGAUGGGCGCGGCGGGCGGGGGCGCCCUGCGGCCCUGGAAGCCCGACCCGGGGCAGGCGGACGGGGGGCGGCCGCCGGGGCCGGCGCUGCCGCUGACCCUCAGCGUGCUGGCCUGGCUGGGCACCGGCACCACCAUGGCCGGCCUCAACAAGUGGAUCUUCGCGGCGCACGGGUUCCGCUACCCGCUGCUGCUCUCGGCGCUGCACAUGCUGUCCGGCGCCGCCGUGGGCUACCCGCUGGGCUGGGCGCGGGCACCGGGCCCCCGGCCCCGCGCCAGGAUCUACCUGCUCAGCCUCACCUUCUGCACCAGCGUGGCCCUGGGCAACCUGGGCCUGAACUACGUGCAGCUCGACGUGGCCCAGGCCGUGGCCACCACCACGCCGCUGGUGACGCUGGUGCUGGGGGUGCUGGGGGGCCGGCGGCCGCACCCGCUGCAGUUCUGGGCCAUGGGGCCGGUGUGCGCCGGGGCCGCCUGCAGCAUCGCCGGCGGCCUCUGCUUCUCCCAGCCCGGCUGCGGCUUCCUCCUGGCCGCCACCGUGCUCCGUGCCCUCAAGUCCAUCCAGCAGAGUGUGCUGCUGCAGGAGGACCGUCUGGAUGCGCUGUCCCUGCUCGGCCUGACGUCGCUGCCCAGCUUCGUGCUGCUGUUUGCGGCGGCCGUGGCGCUGGAGCUGGGCCCCUCGUGGCAGGGCGUCCUUCGCCCCGACGCCACGCUCUGGGGCUGCGUCCUGCUCAGCUGCCUGGGCUCCGUCCUCUACAACCUGGCGACCUCCUGCCUCCUGUCCCUCACCUCGGCCCUCACGCUGCACCUCCUGGGCAGCCUCACCGUGGUGGGCAACCUGCUGCUGUCGCGGCUGCUGUUCGGCACGCGGCUGGGCGCACUGGGCUACGCCGGCGUGGCGCUGACGCUGGCAGGGAUGGUGCUGUACCACCAGCCCCGGCUCCUGGCCGCCUGCUGGGGCCUGCGAGGGCUGCGGCGGCACCCGCGCCACGAAUAGGGACCCCCGGGGGAGCGGGGCCAGGAGGGCUCUGGGGGAGGGCUGUGCACGGGUGUGCCAGUGUGUGUGACUGACUGCAUGGCUGUGCCAGUGUGUGUGAGUCCACACAUGCUGUGCCAGUGUCUAUGACUGCACACGUGUGUCAGUGUGCAUGGCUGUGUGUGCACACAGAUGCUGAGGCACACACGUGUCAGUGUGCAUGGCUGUGUGCACGUGUGUUUUCUGGUGUUCCCAGACGUGAGUGUACACGUCCUGCUUAGCGCAGUGUGCACAUGGAUGUGCUGAUGUGUGCACAGCUGUGAGCACGUGUGUUGAAUUACACACUGAGGUGAGUGGGUCUGUGCACAGCUCUGUAUGCAUGUGUUGGUGUGCACAGGCUCUGCAGGUGUGAGCGUGGCUCUGUGUGGGACAGGUGUGUGUUGAUGACCCUGCACACAUUGGUGUGCACAGCUCUGUAUGCACGUGUUGGUGUGCACAGGCUCUAUGUGCAAGCAGGUCUCGUGCUUGUGGGCACGUAUGCAUUGGUAGAGACUGUACAUAGGUGAGUGUCUGUGUGGCACACGUGUGCUGGUGUGUGCAGGCUGGGCGUGCACAGCUCUGUGUGAGUGUGCAGGUGUGUGCUGCUGGCAGGUACCGCAGUGCACAGGGGCUCUGUGCAGAUGAGCAGGUACCUGUGUGUGUGCACUGGCUCUGCACUGUCCCUGUGCUCACACUGGCUGGGCACGCCCAGGGACGUGGCUGUGGAUACACGGCUCUAGAUAUACAGCUCUGCAUCCAGCUGCUGUGUCACUGGGAAAACAGACAUGUGUGUUUGUGUGUGUGUCUGUGUGUGUGUAUCACUACUGAGCUCUGCUGGCUGGAGUGGCCCCUGGUUCUCAUGGCCAAACUGAAUGCCCAGGACAAGGGUGGGUGUGUGUCCCGUCUCCUGUCCCCAUCCCCACCGUGUCGUGACAAUCCCACAGGGUUGCCGGUGGUGCUGCCAGUGUCGUCUUUGUCCCCACCACGCCCCUCAGCCCCCACAGCUGUCCCCACCCCUCCCAGCUCGCUGCAGACUGGCAUCCGUGGCAGAGAUGGUGAGAGCCCAGCCGAGGGGACGGGAGCAGCCUGGACCAGCUGCCGUUGCUCCAGGACAGUGGUGGGCUGUGAACAGGACAGUGCUGGGCUGUGACACAGCACAUGCUCACCAUGGCAAAGGGACAACCCCGUGUGUGUGCCUGGCACCGCUGCUGGGGUCCGUGGUGGCCGUUGCCACACUUGUAUCUCCACGCUGGGGCCAAAGGACCCAGCUCCAAUUGCACUUGUCCCGAAAUAAAGCUCUAUUUUUGUUGUACUCCA